AGAGCUGUUUUCAGCUACGAACGCGCGAUUUCCCGCGGCCACGGCCGCGACGACCCCGCCGCCGGCCAGCGCGCACCGCAAGGGCCGAGUGAUGCCGCGCCGCCGCGCACGCGGAGCCGCCAGCAGCACUUCGGAGGGCUCUGGCAGCAGCACCGACUCCGCCGCGCCCCUGCCGCCGCCGGGGAUCGAGAUUUGCACGGGACGCCCAGCAGGUGCGGAUGCUCUUCCCUGGGCGCGCCAGGACGACGAGGACGAAAAGCAGCGGCAGCCUGCCUUGUUCCAUAAGACGAAGAUGUGCAAGUUCAACCAGCUCGGCAUGUGCACACGCGGGGAGAUGUGCCGCUUCGCGCACGGAAAGCAUGACAUGAACCAAUUGCCGGACCUCUCCCGGACGAAGUUGUGCAAGGCUCUGGCCCAGGGCGCGGCCGCAGUGUUGCUUAUGCUCCAUUCCGCCUCGCUCUCUCCUGCCUGCCUCUCGCCAUCCCCCUUCUCCCAUCUCCCUCGCCCCUCUGUCGUCCUCCCCUCUUGCGCCUCCUCCUUGGGAAGAGGUGCAUUACCAUUGCUGCACGCCGACGCCACGCCUGCCAGCCUCACGGUGUUUUAUGCCUGUGAUGGGCCCCUGCAGGCCCUGCAGUGAUUUGAAAGAGGA